AUGCACUUAAGGUGGACUACAGAACUGCUCGAGUGGAGACGCAGACAACAUAUAUUGGCACGCCAGAAGAACUACGCGGAGGCACAGAAGGUGAAAAAAAUAGCGGACCAACUGGAGGAAUCUGAACGAAACGCGACGACCGAAAACUGGGGCCUGUUUCUGGCGAGGAAAGAAGCGGCUUUUCGUGGCCAGCAGCAGUCGGAGCUGCAGGCGCUGCUCAAGAGAAUUGACGCCCGGCGCAAGGAGCAUAUCAAACAGAGGAACCUUGACAGCAAACGCCUGCUUCAGCGCAACCGGAACGUGCAGACCGUCCUCGAGUCCAAGCAGAACGUGGAGGGGCUCAAGUUGACGGAGGAGAUAAAGAAGAGCGUGAUGGGAACAAUACCGGGCCUGACGGCCUCCAUGCCACCGGACCCUUCUCAGAAAAUCCCCCCGGAAGCCAGGGGCAGGGUGCGGAGAAAGAAGAAGGCUUCAGCAUCGGGGGGAGGAGGGGCGCGUGGUUCCACUGCCGGAUUUCCCUCAGCCACCCCCGCGGAACUAGCGCAAGGAGGGACUGGGGCAGGGGAGGAUGGAGGGGACGCCAACCGCACGUUCGUGACGAGCAGGGGGUUCCCAGAAGUAGACCAUCUUGGCGUUGUCGAUGGCCAAGCGGCAUGAGGCGUGCUUUCGUCGCGAUUUGGGUUUGUAUAGACUGAAGGGAAAAAAAAAUCCUUUUUGGUACACGUGCGAAGAUGGCGUGAGAACCUCUCGGGAAUGAUACCGGCGCCUCGAAGGAGUUCUCCCCUGCAAUGAACUUACGUAUGAUCUGAUGGG